AUGCAAUUUUUAUCUCAUAGGCGAUUUCUUUUUAAAUUUUCUUCGAGUUUUAUAACACUGAUGGCCAUCAGGGGUAUUAAACGCCCUUCUUCAGAUGACACUGAAACCGUGAAGAAGCGAAAGCGUGUUUCUUUUUCGAAAAACGUUGAAUCUACCGAAAAACAAGCGAAAGAUGAAGAUUUGUCUGCGAAUGGACAAUUGGUCCCAAAACCCAAGAAAGGGAUUUUGAAGAAGAAAGUGCUUGCAAAUGCUAAUGGAUGUUUACAAAUCAAAGAAAAAAGUUCAGAUUUUCUGGAAAAUGAUAUUUUGGAUAAUAAAGAUGGAGAAGAAUUGAAUAACUUGGAGGGGAAGAGGAAUGUGAGCAUUAGAAAGAGACGUCUUCAACCUUCUAAAACAUCUAACAAAUUCCGUCACAAAAGAGUUAUAAAAGUUAAACAAUCCACAAAAGAAAUGCUUAUGAAGAUGACCAAAAAGGAGAGGAAACAGUUUAUUCGAGAACUUGAAAAGAAAAAUAAACCAAAUUAUGAACUUAUGAUGAAGGCAAAACUUUUGUGGGAGACAAUAAGAAGUACAAAAGUUUCAAAAGAAAAACGUUCUUAUUGCAUAUCAGAAUUAAUGCAAUUGUGUCAAGGCAAAUUUGCAGCUUUAGCAUUUUCCCAUGCAACUUCCAGAGUGGUUCAAUGCCUUUUAAAAUUGCAAAAUUCAGAUAUAUGUGAUCAAAUAUUUGAAGAAUUGAAGACUCAAUUUGUGCAAUUGGCAAUGUCUCAAUUUGGAAAAUUUCUUGUUUUGAAAUUGCUUAAAUAUGGUACAAAAGAGCAGCGUACCCAAAUAAUUUCAUCUCUAAAAGGAAAUUAUGUUCGUUUAUAUAAAUCUUUAUUUUCUGCUUCUUUGGUUAAUGAAAUUUAUUCUGAAUGGGGAAAUGCUAAACAAUAUCGGCAACUUGACAAUCUUGACAAUUCUUUUCUGCUCUCUAUUGACGAAAUUGCGACACAAACCCCUGACAAAAUUGCUGGGAUUUUACAAAAUUUGGAAAAAUUGUUAGAUAGGGCUGUUCUAAAAGUGCCAAUGUUAAAACUUUCAAUAACACACAAAUUACUCUAUGAUUUUCUUAGAUAUUGUUCUGAUGAACAGAGAAAUUCUUUAAUUGAAAGUCUUAAGGAUUUUUUGCCUGAAAUUUGUCACACACAUGAAGGUUCUUACGCUGCUUUACUUUGUGUUUGGAAUUCUACUCCGGAACAAAGAACAUCUAUUGUUAAAAGUUUUACUGGAUUAGCCAUUUCGGCGUGUAAAGACAAUUUUGUUCAAAGAGUUCUUUUUGGAAUAUUUGAUUGUGUUGAUGAUACAAAUUUGGUUAAUAAAAUUAUAGUUAAGGAAAUUGCCAACAAUAUUGCAGAUUUAAUUUAUGACAAACACGGCGUUGUUGUUCUUUAUUAUUUGGUUCAUCCACGUGAUCCUCAUGUAAUUGCUAAAAGUCUUCAAAAUAUUUUACAACAGGUUUUUUUCAAAGAAAAUAAUUUUUCUAAUACUUUACUAAAGGGUGAUUCAAAUCCUCAUACUAAAUUGGAUAAGGCCUCUCGUUAUUUAAAUUUGUUUGAGUGUGUCAAACCAGCUCUACUUACAUUUAUGAAGGCAAAUAUGCGAGAAAUGAUAACAAACAAAAUUUCUGCUGUUUUAAUUUUGGAUACUUUGGAUGUUAAUUCUCCUUCAUCACCUUUUAAACGUAAUAUCGACAUUAAUGAUUUAUCUGCUUGCUUCAAAGAAAUAGCACAAAUUGCUACAGAUGAAUUUAUUCCACAUUGUGUAGAUAAAGAACGUCCACUGCAUAUAAUAGCUGGUGGUUGUGCUCGUUUUGUUUUUCGAAAACUUUUAAAAAAUGAUCGAUUAAGAGAGAAGGAAGAAGAAAAAUUAAGUUUUUAUUUAAUGUCAAUAUUGAAAAGAGAAAAUUUACAAUCUUGGACUGGAAUGGAUUGUGGAUGUUAUACUUUAAUUGAAAUUAUUGAAAGUGGCUCUGAUUAUGCUAGAAAAACGUUAAAGUUGGCUUUGGAUGGAAAUAAUAAUUUAAAGGUUUUUUUAAAGUUUUCUUGGGGUGGGUGGGGAUGUCUCGGUUAG